AUGUUAGCAGACCACUUAUGCCGUAUCAGUCUUCAGUUGCUCUCCAGCUGGCCCGUGCUCAACGCCAAGGCGGUGAGCGAACCGUUUUUCCAGGAGGCCGGUGGUGUGGCUCGCCUCGACCCAACACGAGUCUGGCAACCGCAGCUGAAUCCAGUCGCUACGCGACAUCUCGUUCUACAACAGAGUCAUUUUGAGUUGCGAGCACCACCAGACUCACUGCUACAGGCUGGAGGACAGCUCGGCACUGAAGGCGCAGGUCUGGCUGGACCUGGAGCCGGGGACGGAGGAGAUGGCGGCGUCGGAGGAAUGGGAGUCUUGAAGGGCAUUGGCACUUCCGGUCUGGCUGUUGGUGAGGCUGGUGGUGGCGGCGGUGGCGGUGGCGGUCAGAGCAUGAAGGUCUCUGAGCAGGCUUACGAGAACGAGCUGACUGGAAGGAUGGAGAAGCGCGAUUCGAGGCAGGAGAAGAGCCGAGACAAAGCUGAAAUGGCGCCCUCUUUUGUGCUAACAGAAAGGUGA